GCCUCCCUUGGCUCUCUCCUGCGCCUGCCGACUUCCUUUCUCCUCCUGCUCUGCCGGCGGAGGCGCUUGCGGGCCGGAGGGUUCCAUGGCCGGCCGCGGGGGGCCAUGACGGACUACGCGGAGGAGCAGCGCAACGAGCUCGAGGCGCUCGAGUCCAUUUACCCGGACUCCUUUACAGUGUUAUCAGAAAAGCCAAUAAGUUUCACUAUCACUGUGACAUCUGAAGCAGGAGAAAAUGACGAAACUGUCCAGGCAACCCUCAAAUUCACAUAUGCAGAGCGCUAUCCUGAUGAAGCCCCCCUCUAUGAACUACUCUCUCAAGAGAAUCUUGAGGACAUUGACAUCACAGACAUACUGAAAUUACUGCGGGAACAGGCAGACGAGAACCUGGGCAUGGUAAUGAUCUUCACACUAGUAUCGGCUGUGCAAGAGAAAUUAAAUGAAAUAGUAGAUCAGAUAAAAACAAGGAGGGAAGAGGAAAAUAAACAGAAGGAGAAAGAGGCAGAGGAAGCAGAAAAGCAAUGUUUCCAUGGCACCCCAGUCACCAUUGAAACUUUUCUAAGCUGGAAAGCAAAAUUUGAUUUAGAGAUGCUAGAAUUUAAAAGAAAGAAAGUGAAAGAGGAAGAACAGUCUGGCAAAAAUAAGCUAACAGGGAAACAGCUGUUUGAAACAGAUCAUAAUCUUGACACAUCUGAUAUUCAGUUCUUGGAAGAAGCUGGAAACAGUGUGGAAGUAGAUGAAUCCCUGUUCCAGGAAAUGGAUGAUUUGGAGUUGGAGGAUGAAGAAGAUGAUCCUGACUAUAACCCUGCCCAUCUGGAGAGUGACUAGAUGGAAAUUGUUGUACUGGCUUUACUGAUCAACCUGUGUGAACAUUUGUACAGAGAGACACCCGCAUAUGUUUUGGUUCCCCUUUUACUUAAGACAAAAGUAUUUUAAUUUCAAGAGGCCACCUUCUCUGACAUCUUUCAUCACAGAUAAUAAAUUGACUUCAGGUGUUUGA